AUGGAGGUGCCAGAACUCACCCGCGCUGCCUCACCUGCCAGGGACCAGCCAGCUCCUGCUCCUGGCCCCCCAGGGGCCCCAGCUGGGCAGGCCUCACCUCACCUGACCUUGGGCCCUGUCAUCCUGCCGCCAGAGCAGGGCCUGGCCCCCGCCGUGUUCCUGAAGGCCCUGCCCAUCCCACUGUACCACACAGUGCCUCCCGGGGGCCUCCAGCCGCGGGCCCCCCUCGUGACAGGCAGCCUGGACGGGGGCAGCGUGCCCUUCAUUCUCAGCCCCCUGCUGCAGCCUGAAGGACCUGGCCCCACCCAGAUGGGGAAGCCAGCGGCCCCAGCGCUCACCGUGAACAUCGUGGGCACUCUGCCUGUCCUGUCGCCGGGCCUGGGGCCCACGCUGGGCAGCCCAGGCAAGGUGCGGAACGCCGGCAAGCACCUGUGCCCGCACUGCGGCCGGGACUGCCUGAAGCCCAGCGUUCUGGAGAAGCACAUCCGGUCCCACACCGGUGAGAGGCCCUUCCCGUGUGCCACCUGCGGCAUCGCCUUCAAGACCCAGAGCAACCUGUAUAAGCACAGGCGCACCCAGACGCACCUCAGCAACUCUCGGCUGUCCUCGGAGUCCGAUGGCGGUGGAGGCAGCCUCCUGGAGGAGGGGGACAAGGCUGGAGGGACCUCCAGAGCAGAUGGCAGGGGGGACAGCUGGAGCCAGAGAGGGGGCGACGGGGCCCAAUCAGAAAGACCCCUUUCUCCAGCCGCCCAGGGCACUGGACUCUGCCCAGUGCCCACCACACAUCUUCCUGUGGCAGAGAACCUGGAUCUGAGGUUGGAAGCGGUUGCCUGUCCAGGGUCCACAUUUGCUGACAGCGAGGCCCCUUUGGCCCGCACCCACACAGCGCCCCCCGGGCUCCCGCUGGCCGGCGCACAGCCGCGGCGUAAGCUCCUGGAACAGAAGCCGCCGACUGCCAGCGGGUGCUCCCUGCAGCAGGCCACGUCCUCAGAGAAGCCCGGGGACCCCAAGGCCUCGGAGGGCCGGCUGAGGAAGUGUGAGAGCACCGACUCGGGCUACCUGUCCCGUUCGGACAGUGCGGAGCAGCCGCUGGCCCCCGCCAGCCCCCUGCACAGUCUGUCCGAGCACAGCGCUGAGUCCGAGGGGGAGGGCGCCCCGGGGCCGGGGGAAGCCAGGGCCCAGCCGGCGGGGCGGAGGCCCAGCUUGGAGCUGGAGAAGAAGCAGCUGGAGGAGCGCAUCGCCAGGCUCAUCUCGCACAACCAGGCCGUGGUGGACGACCCCCAGCUGGACCACGUGCGGCCCCGUAAGACGGUCCUGUCCAAGCAGGGCAGCAUCGACCUGCCCAUGCCUUACACCUACAAGGACUCCUUCCACUUCGACCUCCGGGCCCUGGAGCCCGGCCGGAGGAGGCAGGCCACCCUCUGCUCCGCCCGCUCCAGCUUCAGCCCCCUGGACAAGACACGGCCCCUCUUCUUUCACUCGGUCCCCACUCAGCUCUCCACCACCGUGGAGUGUGUGCCCGUCACCAGAAGCAACUCGCUGCCCUUCGUCGAGGGCACCAGGAUGUGGCAGGAGCCGCCGGACCCCCAGGACGCCUUCCCCAGGAGGCAGAAGCCUAUGAGUCCCAGGCCUGCCCCUGCCCGACUGGUGGGCGUCCCCAGCGGUCACCCCCGGGCCCUGGUCAGACAGGCCGCAGUGGAGGACCUGCCGUGUCCCCCCGCUGGAGACACCCCUGCUCCUGUAGAUGACCCGGGUGGAAAGAGAACUGCUGUAGGGGAGGGGGUGGCCGGUCAGGGCAGAGCAGCCAGUAAGAAAUGCAGCCAGAGGAAGCUGAAGAUGUUCUCCCAGGAGAAGUGGCAGGUGUACGGGAGCGAGACGUUCAAGAGAAUCUACCAGAAAAUGAGACCCAGCCACUCCGGAGGCAAGAAGGCGAGGGAGGUGACAGCAGGCAGUGGGACAGGAUUGGACCUUCCUUUGCAGGAAGAGGCAGGGGGCAAGGGCACAGCGCUGGCCCAGGAUGGGAGGACCCCUGUCCAUGGGGACAUUUCUGUGGGGGCCAAGCCAGGGCCUCGGGGAAGUCUGCCAGCUCCAGAGGGCUUCUUGGUGACUGAGCCCCCCAGGCAGAGGGAGACGGUGGCCAAAGCAGGAGGCAGUGACCAGCCUGGGGUGAACAGGGCCAUCUCGCACCCUACUCUCAGCUGCAGAGAUCCCCCCUGUUUGGGCAGCAAGAGCCCUCUGAUUCCUACAAAUGGGAGGCUGGAGCUAGGGUGUCAGCUGCCCCCACCACCUGGUCUCCUCAAAGGAAGUGACCUAGAGGCUCCCAGGCUGGUUUCACCAGAUCCCAAACUGGAAGGAGGCACCCGCAGUGGUGGGGACGCAAGGACCUGUCAGCGGGCCCCAGCCAUCCCGAGGCAGCCCAGUGGUAGCUCUGGGGAGCCGCAGCUUGCGGAGGACCAGCUCCCCUCGGAGAGCAAGAAGCUGAAGGUGGAGGAGCUGAGCGGCCAGGAGCAAUCGGAGUCUCUGGGAGCAGGAGGAGAGGCUCCUGGUGGCCACGUGCAGGCUACCUCCCUACCAUCUCAGAACCAGGACAGUGGGCCCGGGGACAAGCCAGGAGGGCUGCAAGGGAGCGGCGACUGCACGGCAAGGGGCAGGGCUGGACAGCUGGGUGAGCCCCUGGGGACCUCCGGCACCUCCUCUGCUGGGUCUUCAGUGGCCCUGUGGCAGGCAGCGCCGAGGGACAAGGAGCCCUCGCUGCGUCCUGCAGCUGCAGUAGCCAGGAGCCACUCCCCGCUGGCUGCCCAGCCUCCGGCUCCCGGCGUCCUUGCUGCCCUGGCGGACACUGCCUUUCCUCCUCAGUACCUCCUCAGGUUACCUCAGGGAGAGGCCCACCCCCCACCGCUCGUCCCCCCAGGGGCGGGGCGAGGCCAGGACCCUCUCUGUGGGAGAAGGUGUCCGGAGGAGCGGGAAUCCUUUGUUGAGUCGGGACUGCGGGCCAUCCUGCCUCCCAGCCCAGCCUCAGGCCUGGCCCCCAGUGGAGCAGACAGCUGCCAGGAGGACCCCAGCUGGUCCAGGCCCUGGGACUGGAGAAAGGGGGUGCAGGGAGAGGAGAAAGGAGACUUGGACACUAGCACCCCGGCAGCCGGAGAGUCUCCUGGCCCGGCCGCCGGAGCCCCCAGGAAGUCAGCAUCCUUCCUGUCUACCCCAACGUGUGACUACCCGAGGAAGGAGACCCGUGACACCCGACACCUCUGCACCAGCAGUGCUUUGGCGAGGGCCAGGCCCUCUGGGGGUGUCCUGGAUCCCUGGGCACCCAACAGGUUGCUAAGUGGUCCUCCCAAGAAUGACCCAGAAGACUUUCCUUCUGGGGCCCUGGCAGGGCCCAGUCCCUGCUGCUCCCUCCAGCCCAGCUCCUUCCUCUCGGCCCGCAUGCCCCCGGGCUGGCCUGAGCUGGCCUCGUGUACCCACUCAGAGACUCCUGGGAGCUGCAGGGCCCAGAGCCCUUUCCCCACGCUGAAGGCCGAGCCCCAGCUCACAUGGUGUUGCUUGAGCCGCAGCCUCCCUCUGCCCAUGGAGCAGAAGGAGAAGGCUGCUUCCGUGUACUCAGCGCUGCACUUCCCUGGUGGCACCCCCCCGGACAAGGGUCUAGACGCCCGGCUGGUGAGCAAGGCUGUGUCGGGAGGAUGGACCAGGACAAGCCCAGGAGAGGGAAGGCAGGCGCAGACAUUGAAGCUCUCCUACCCAAUGGCCCCAGGGAUGACAUCCCAGGAUUGGGUGUCUGAGCCAGAAUGGAAGAAAGGACUGCCUCGUAGGAGGACGAAGAUGUCUCGUGGGAACAGCAAGCAGAAAAAACUGAGCCUCAACUCCAAAAGGUACAAAGGGAAUUUCUUGCAGAGCCGUGUUCAGCUGCGAGCGGGUAGACUGCGCAAGCCACUCUGGGUGCUGAGAAAAGACUGCCCCCCUUCUGCAUUCGAGGGGCUGGAGCCAUGCAGGAUCCUCAGGCAGGCUUCUUCGGAAAUUGCAGGUCUAAAUCUGCAAGGGGAGCCAUCUUAUGCCAUCUCAGAAUUGUCUCCUCGUUGUGGAAACGGAGAGGAGAAGGAUGACGGCGGAAAAACCUCAGGAAAGUUCUCUCCUAGAGCAACUUCAAGGACUGUCGGCGAAACAAAUGAAGUAACCGUGAAGGAUAUUUCUCCAUCUGCUGGUGAGCACGGUGACUGUCAUCCUCAGAACACUGCUGUUGGGUCAGGAUUGUCUCUGCAGUCCGACUCCUCCAUGGCAGUGGCUAACGAGAGCCUUCUAGUCCAUGGCAAAGUUCUCAACGUGAGAAUGCUUGAGACUCAGCUACUGCCCUCCCAGGAGCAAGUCUCAAUAGAUCCCAAACCAUGCAUUUUCUCAGAUGAUCAAGAGCCUUCUUCUUUGGAGUCCAAAGGAACCCCUCCCCAUUAUGACGUUGCUACCUCUGCAGCUGCCACUUGUACUUCUCUGGGGGCAAGAGCAGGUGACACAACUCUGGGAAUUCACAAUGCAGAGCGACGAGACCAUGGCAGGGCUGCAGGGGAGACUCUGACACAGAGCUCUCCAGAGAAAAAAGCUAGAGCAGAGGGCAUAUUACCAUCACUCUUGCCAGGGAAACCUUCAUCUGGCCAAAGAAUUUCAGGUUCGGUUCCCUUGGGGUCAACUGGAAAAACUCAUCUUGCAAUACCAGCUUCAGGACCAGGUUCAACUAGUUCACAUCAAGAGGAAGGGAAGCACAAGACAUUUUUUCCUUCCAGGGGGCAAUAUGAGUGUGCAGAAGUGGUUGUCCCCUGCCCUCUUGGAGGAAAUGACAGUGGGAAAUGUCAAGUAUCUGGAUUAAUCACUCUGAAGGAUUGUGUGGUUUCUUCUAACCGAGGGCAACACACAGAACUCCCUGAAGCCCCUUUGAAAACCAUCAAGAAGAGGAGUUUGGAAGGAAUGAGAAAGCAAACUCGAGUGGAGUUCAGCGACACCAGCAGUGAUGACGAAGACCGAUUAGUGAUAGAAAUAUGA